AUGUCCUUGUUGUUACCCAGAACAGUGCUAUCAACUUUCAGGUUCUCAGCAACCAAAUUACCUCGUAUUUUGACCACCGUUUCAUCCCGUUCGUACGCUGCUCAAUUCGACCGUUCGAAACCUCAUGUCAACAUAGGUACUAUCGGUCAUGUCGAUCACGGUAAGACUACUUUAACUGCUGCAAUUACAAAGAUUCUUGCUAAAUCAGGAGGCGCUAAUUUCUUAGACUAUUCUUCAAUUGACAAGGCUCCAGAAGAAAGAGCCCGUGGUAUCACCAUCUCUACUGCACACGUAGAAUACGAAACAAAGAAAAGACAUUAUUCUCAUGUCGAUUGUCCAGGACAUGCUGAUUACAUCAAGAAUAUGAUUACAGGUGCAGCACAAAUGGACGGUGCUAUUAUUGUCGUUGCCGCAACCGAUGGUCAAAUGCCUCAAACUAGAGAACAUUUAUUAUUGGCAAGACAAGUCGGUGUGUCAAAGAUCGUCGUAUAUGUCAAUAAAGUUGAUACCAUAGAUGACCCUGAGAUGUUAGAACUGGUAGAAAUGGAAAUGAGGGAAUUGUUAAGUACUUAUGGGUUCGAUGGUGAUAAUUGUCCAAUCAUUAUGGGUUCCGCACUAUGUGCACUAGAAGGUAAAAAACCAGAAAUUGGCGAACAAUCAAUCCUUAAAUUAUUAGACGCCAUUGAUGAAUAUAUUCCAACACCAAAGAGAGAUUUGGAGAAACCUUUCCUAAUGCCCAUUGAAGAUGUUUUUUCAAUUUCCGGUAGAGGUACCGUCGUUACGGGUCGUGUUGAGAGAGGUGAAUUGAAAAAGGGUGAAGAACUGGAAAUCGUAGGUUAUAAUAAGACCCCAUUAAAGACUACCGUCACGGGUGUCGAAAUGUUCAGAAAGGAAUUGGAUCAAGCAAUGGCUGGUGACAAUGCCGGUAUCCUAUUAAGAGGCAUCAGAAGAGACCAAAUCAAGAGAGGUAUGAUCUUAGCUAAACCCGGCACUGUCAACGCUCAUACAAAGGUUCUUGCAUCCUUAUAUAUCCUAACCAAGGAAGAAGGUGGAAGACACUCUGGUUUUGGUGAAAAUUAUAGACCACAAAUGUUUAUUAGAACAGCAGACGUUACUGCCGUCCUGAAGUUCCCAGGAGGUUGUGAGGAUCACUCAAAACAAGUUUUACCAGGUGAUAACAUUGAGAUGGAAUGUGAGUUGAUCCAUCCAACACCAAUCGAAGAAGGUCAAAGAUUUAACAUCAGAGAAGGUGGUAAGACCGUCGGAACAGGUCUUGUUACAAGAAUUAUCGAAUAG